AGAAGCCCACUGCGCGCUACGGAGGAAACCCUGUUAGCGCAGGCCGCCAUCUUGGACAGUCAGACGGUACAGCUUAGGGUAACCUGCCGACCCGUCACUGAGCCGGAGACCAAUUAAUAUUCAAACAAACAACCCAAGAAACCCCCCUAACAACGAGCCACAAUGGCCACUGCACCUUACAACUAUUCCUACAUCUUCAAAUACAUCAUCAUUGGGGACAUGGGAGUAGGGAAAUCAUGUUUGCUUCACCAGUUCACAGAAAAGAAGUUUAUGGCGGACUGCCCCCACACGAUUGGGGUGGAGUUCGGGACACGGAUAAUCGAGGUGAGCGGCCAGAAGAUCAAGCUGCAGAUCUGGGACACAGCAGGCCAAGAGCGCUUCAGGGCCGUCACACGCAGCUACUACCGUGGGGCCGCCGGGGCCCUCAUGGUCUAUGACAUCACCAGGAGAAGCACAUACAACCACCUCAGCAGCUGGCUGACUGACGCAAGGAACCUGACCAACCCUAACACUGUGAUCAUUCUCAUAGGCAACAAAGCUGACCUGGAGGCCCAGAGGGACGUCACAUAUGAGGAGGCGAAACAAUUUGCUGAAGAAAAUGGUCUGUUGUUCCUGGAAGCCAGUGCAAAAACAGGCGAGAACGUGGAAGAUGCAUUCUUGGAGGCCGCCAAGAAGAUCUACCAGAACAUCCAGGAUGGAAGCCUGGACCUCAAUGCUGCUGAAUCAGGGGUGCAGCACAAGCCCUCUGCCCCCCAGGGUGGGCGGCUAACCAGCGAACCACAGCCCCCUAAGGAGGGGUGCGGGUGCUAAUGACCACCUGUCCCCCCAAGCCACCCUACCCCAAUCUCACUCAGACCCUGCUAUCAUGCCCAACCCCCCCUUCCCCUUGCCCAAGUGCGCCUCUGCCUGCCCAGUCCCUGCUGAACAACAUAAGCUGUGCUGGAGGGGGGCAUGGAGUUUAAAAGAACACAAGGGAUGGGCCUUGAGCUUGUGAGCUGUCCAUUUUCCACUUUGCACCCCCCUCCCCCCCAUUGCUGCCUCUCCUGCCUUUUGUCCAUCAGUCCUCCUCCUGUUCUCUACACCUGCACCUUCAUGCAGACCAUCUACUCAUGAUACCCUGCUCCAUCUGUCAUAUCCAAGGGACCCAAGUCCCAGACAAAGGAAUGGACACAGUACCAUUCAGGAACAGAAAAGAAUUAAACCCUUUUUUAUUUUUCAUUUUAUAGUUAUUGUAUGUAUAUAAAUAUCGGUACCUUCAUGAAAUUUGAACGAAGCCCCGUGAAGUAGAUGGAUGCUCAGUCUGACACCCUAUCAAUGUCUGCAUCACCCAUGCAUGGUUUAAUCUAGGACUUUUUAGGUUAAAUGUGUAUGAUUCUACUUUGCUGUUUCAAAGACUUUUAGCUGGCGGUAGAGAACAGGUAAAGAUGUGAGGUGUGACACGUGCAGGUACCCCCCCCCCCAGCCUCCUAGAGGGCACCAUUCAGAGGUGGAAUGGGGUGAGAGGACUUUCAGGUUCCAUUAACGGGAUGUGUGAUAAAUCUGCUCCCACCUUUCUAAAUGUAGAAAGAUCCAAUAGAUCCUGUCGAGGUACAAAGACAGGCUCAAACUCUCCACACUGGCAGGUCAGCAGAAUUUCCAGUGAGCAUUGCCACUUGCCCGUCUGUGUACUGGGUAAAUCUGAGGAAUAGUUGCAGGCACUUGAGUGGGGGAACUCUUUUCCUUCCCUGUCUACUAUAAAAAUCAUCUUCACUAUUUGUUAUACUGUACUGUCUUUCAUCUGUCCACAAAACCCCUGUCCAUAUCAAUUUUUUGUUUCCUGCAAAUUUUCAUUUGUUGCCUUACUAUCAUUAAGAUUAAUAUUAACAUCUGAUGCUACUCUUUGCUUGCUCUUCAUACUGGUGUUCGACACAUUUGUUAAGACUUUAAAAAUGUUUUUUGUUCUUUAUAUUUUUAUUGGGUAUUGGACUUCGGUGGAAGUGGAUCCUGUGUGUAAAAAACAAAAAAAGGGGGAGGGGGCUGUUGCAACCGUGGGAGGGAUUUAAAGGCGAGAGAUUCGAGAAACGAGUUUGAGCUGUAAACAGAUGCUGCUGUCUUAUAGGCUUGUACAUUAAUGAGGCAAAGUGUACUCUACCAAGCAAAGCAGGCCAUUCGCAAUUUAUGUACCAUAGAAAUUAACAGAUUGGGCUGCCUGUAUAUAUAUCGCUAAAUAUCUGUAGCAGCUAUGACCCAUGGAUUGUUAUGGAUAGUGUGUGGGGGAGGGGGGGGAUACAGGUGACAUGAAUGAGAUGCUUGUAAUUCCCACGUUGUGAAAACAAUGGUUUCCAUUGGUAAACUAAUAUGGUCAGGAGUCCUUUGUGAGAGUGCACACUUGCCUCACAAGUGACAUCUUGUGGCCGUUUUGAUUAUUUUCUCCAACACUUCUGGUUUCUCCUUGGAGUCCUAUUUGUAAAAUGGAGGCCGAAUCGAAAGCUCUGAAACCCCUCCGACCCAUUUUUUUAAAUCCCACAUGUAGAAAUCUGUAUGGAGGGCCCUGUGUUGCAGACCAGUGACAGUUACAAAGGACUCAGGGUCAGGUGGAUGGCAUACUGUAAGCGGAGUGAGGUCAGGGGAUCACAUGUCCCAGGUCCUCACCGUCUAGGUGACCAAGUCUGGCUCUCUGCUUGUGACUUUAAGAAAAAAGUAAAUAUGUAUAAAUUUUGAAGGUAUUGUGCUAACCUUUAAAAUGCAUUCUGCGUGUAUAUGAUUUUAAAUUGUUGACAUUUUGAUUUUAAUAAUAAUAAAAUGUCUAGAAAAAAUGUUAAUAGAUUUUGUACAGUGUGGCUUCAUUCUCAUGUUGCCCUUUUAGAAUGCAGAAAGUGCUCUGAAUUAUUAUUGUCCAUCCCAACUUGGUGGAAUAUAUUGUCAUGAUAUUUUAAGUCUUUCUCUAGUCCCCCCCCCCCCUUCCAACACUUUAUCCUAUUAUAUCUUUUAACCCUGCGCACUCUCCUUACCUGGAUUUUGUGGAAAACAGCUUGAGCACUUUAAGGCAGAACUCAGAAAGUUGACAGUUUUGGUUGAGUUUUGUUCCAUAUUUUAGGGGAAUUAUAACUUGUAAGCAGUUUUUCUUUUCAGUCCGCGGCUGGUUUUGGUAAAUGUAGUGUUUGUGCAGAUUUCGGUGUUUCUUGGAAAGAUCCUCCAGGUCACAUAUCUGCUGGGGAGGCAUUUCUUAUAUCUUGUCCAAAGCACGUGGUUGCUGCUUUGAGGUCAAAUGGAAGGGCUGGUGUGCAGGAAAGCUUACUUGGAUUUUCCUGCUUCCUCUUUCAGCAAAGUAAUCUGGCCGUUAGAUGGGUUUGCUUGUUCUGGUAGCGCGGUGAGCGAGGCUGUGCCUAAGCCUUAUUCCUUAUUUUUAGUUCCGUGCAGUUUGGUUUCAUUUUCCCUGUGCUCAUUCUGUAAAGAAUGCCCUCGAUUCUGGACUGUGGGAGGGAGCCCUAAGAGAUCUCAGCUGCACCAUUAAGGCUAACUUACACAAAGGGGUUGGAAAUAUCGCUCUCUGAUACCCAGAGGUUUUCAAACUCCAUUUAUUUAGCUAUUGAUUUGGUCUUUUGAAAUGCUAUGUGACUGGCCCAAUUUACUAUUUUGGUCAUUCCAUAUUGUGGGAAGUAGGAUUUGGUUAUCUUUGUGGGUAUGAAAGCUAAGAGUCCAUUAACCGUUCUUCAGAGUGACUGCUUACAGCACACACAUGGGAACUUCACUUUCCGUGGGCCUCGGUUUAUAAAUUUUUUUUUAAGCAGCUUUUUUAAAAAAAAAAACAAUAGGUGAGAUUCUUAUGUUACUUGAAACGAAUGAGGCCCAAGGUGUGGUUUUGCACACACACUGAAGCCCUUGACAACUGGAGUUCCCCCCGACCCUUCUGUUGGUGUUACACCACAAAGACAUUGUUCUAAAAAGUGUUUGGUUUAGUAUAGAACCUUACAUGACCCGGUCCUGAGAAGAGGGUUAUCUGCUGGCCAGUUCUUGGCUCAGAGGUGAUGAUCAUUAGUGUAUAAUUAAAUAUGCUGAACUUGGGACUGUAUCAGUGACCCUGAUUUACAGUUUUGUGGCCUUGAUCCUCUAGAACUACUGCAACCAUUGCUUUGGCGUAAAAAAGCAAGUGUCUAGUCUUCCAGAAACUUGUAUUGUAUGUGACACCAUUGGAAAGUGUCAGGGAGGGGAAACAGGGGGAUGGUGUCCUGCUGGCUCUGGAGUAGGGAUCAGUCAGACUGGUACUUCACCACGUUGUUUGAGGAGACAGCAGAUGACUAAUGAAGCAUCUGAAGCAUAGCAUUCGGUGAGCUACACUAAUCAGUCCUGGGUCAAUGGUAACCCAAAGACUGAAUGUUUGUCCGGUCUCUAGUCUCGCGAAGCAUGGUUUAUUAAAAAGGCCACAUUCGGUGAGUCUUCUGACCAGAGGAAUGCCAGCGCAGAUCUGGUUAGGAAAACACUGAAUUUUGUCAUCUUUUGAACAUUUUGUUUAAAGACAAACACAAAAUGUAACAUCUGAAGUUACUUUACAUAUAGUUGAAUCUUAAGUUUAAUGUUUUAUUAUGGCAUCUGUAAUGUCAUGACACACCCAUGAUCUGCUAUAAAACACAAAUUGAUAAAUAUUGUCUUAACUUACCCAUUCAGUCAUUGUAUUUCCAUGGACUGCCAUGCUAUUGGUCUAUUUAUAAAUAAAGUAUGUGUACUGUA